AUGGCUUCCAGCGAUGAGACCCUCGCGGCGGCCGCCGCUAUAAUCCAAGGACUGGCCAAAGAUGUUCCUGAAUCCAUUUCUUUGCCGUUCAACGGGCGCAAGCAGACCCAGCCUACCAAUGGUAUCGACUCGGUGAAGGUAAAACUGCCUGGGGAGGAUUCUGAAGGCAAGGUUGCUCUGGAAAGAGAGCUUUCCGCCUUGGUUCGGAGGGUGAACACCAUGCAAACCUUUGUGCCUCCAUCCCGUCGAUCUGGACGUACCUCCAGCCUAAUGAGCGCUCGUAGUCUAAAAAACGGACAAAACAACGAAUCCUCCGUCGAUAAUAGUGAUGAAGUAAACGACGAAGAUAGCGAUAGCGAGGACAACUAUGAAGAUAACAUCAGCUACUUGCGAAAUCGAGUCCAGCUACAAGCCGAACAGAUCCAACUUCAAAAGGAUAUCAUUUCUCAAGUGCGAGAGGAAUUGCGGCACCAGGAGGAACGCACACAACAGGCGCUGGUGAAGGUUGAACAUGAAGAUGUCCGUGUUUUGGAACGCGAGUUGAAGAAGCAUCAACAGGCAAAUGAGGCCUUCCAGAAAGCUUUACGAGAAAUCGGUGGUAUUAUUACUCAGGUUGCUAAUGGCGAUCUUUCAAUGAAAGUCCAGAUCCACCAACUUGAAAUGGACCCUGAAAUCACAUCGUUCAAGCGCACCAUCAACACUAUGAUGGACCAACUUCAAGUCUUUGGAAGCGAAGUGUCAAGGGUAGCGAGGGAGGUAGGAACCGAGGGUAUCCUUGGUGGCCAGGUUCAAAUCACCGGUGUUCACGGUAUUUGGAAAGAGUUGACUGACAACGUUAACUUCAUGGCUUCCAAUCUAACAAAUCAAGUGCGCGAGAUUGCAACGGUUACCACCGCUGUCGCUCACGGUGAUCUCAGCCAAAAGAUUAAGAGCUGGGGUCAAGGUGAAAUUCUGGAACUUCAACAAACUAUCAAUACCAUGGUGGAUCAGCUCCGCACUUUUGCUACAGAAGUCACUCGCGUCGCUCGCGAUGUCGGUACUGAAGGUGUCUUGGGCGGACAAGCUCAAAUCGACGGCGUCCAAGGCAUGUGGAAUGAAUUGACUGUCAAUGUGAAUGCCAUGGCCGAAAAUCUGAGUACCCAAGUGCGCGACAUCGCAACCGUAACAGCUGCUGUGGCCAAAGGCGAUCUUACACAAAAAGUCAAGGCAAAUUGCAAGGGCGAAAUUCUCGCCAUGAAGACAAUCAUCAAUUCUAUGGUUGAUCAACUCAAACAGUUCGCCCAAGAAGUUACGAAAAUUGCGAAGGAAGUCGGCACAGAUGGCGUUCUUGGCGGUCAAGCCACCGUUCAUGAUGUCGAGGGUACCUGGAAGGACCUCACCGAAAAUGUCAACGGAAUGGCUAUGAAUUUGACGACUCAAGUCCGAGAAAUUGCCGAUGUUACCACAGCCGUGGCUAGGGGAGAUCUUACGAAGAAGGUGACCUCUGAUGUCAAGGGAGAAUUUUCAGAUUUGAAAAACACUAUCAACAGCAUGGUGGAUAGAUUGAAUACGUUCGCGUUCGAAGUCAGCAAGGUCGCGCGUGAGGUUGGAAUUGACGGAAUCCUGGGUGGUCAGGCGAAGGUAGAUAAUGUUGAAGGCAAAUGGAAAGAUUUGACCGACAAUGUCAACACCAUGGCGCAGAAUCUUACAAUCCAAGUCCGUGCCAUUUCAGAUGUCACCCAAGCUAUUGCAAAGGGUGACCUUAGCAGGAAAAUCGAAGUGCAUGCUCAAGGAGAAAUUCUUACCUUGAAAGAUACGAUCAAUAACAUGGUGGACCGGCUUGCUAACUUUGCUCACGAACUCAAACGUGUCGCGCGUGAUGUUGGUGUGGAUGGCAAGAUGGGUGGUCAAGCCAACGUUGAAGGCAUCUCCGGUAGAUGGAAAGAGAUCACCGAGGACGUCAACACCAUGGCCGACAACCUUACAGCUCAAGUUCGCGCUUUCGGAGAAAUUACCGAUGCGGCCACCGAUGGAGAUUUCACUAAAUUAAUCACUGUGAAUGCGUCCGGUGAGAUGGACGAGUUGAAGCGGAAGAUCAACAAGAUGGUUUCGAACUUGCGUGACAGUAUCCAGCGAAACACACAGGCUCGUGAGGCUGCAGAAUUGGCCAAUCGAACCAAGUCAGAAUUCCUGGCCAACAUGAGCCACGAGAUCCGAACACCAAUGAAUGGUAUUAUCGGCAUGACUCAGCUGACGCUUGAUACGGAUGAUCUAAAACCAUACCCUCGUGAAAUGCUAAAUGUUGUGCACAGUCUUGCCAACAGUUUAUUAACAAUUAUCGACGAUAUUCUCGAUAUCUCGAAGAUUGAGGCGAACAGGAUGGUCAUCGAGAGCAUUCCAUUUACGAUGCGAGGCACCGUAUUCAACGCACUGAAGACUCUAGCUGUGAAGGCGAAUGAAAAAUUCCUGAACCUCACAUACCAGGUCGACAGUUCCGUUCCGGAUUACGUUAUUGGAGACCCUUUCCGUUUGCGACAAAUUAUUUUGAACUUGGUCGGAAAUGCCAUCAAAUUCACAGAGCAUGGAGAAGUCAAACUUACGAUUAGUAAGUCGACAAGAGAACUCUGCCAGGACGAGGAAUAUGCCUUUGAAUUCUCUGUUUCAGAUACUGGUAUUGGCAUUGAAGAAGAUAAAUUGGAUAUGAUUUUCGACACAUUCCAACAAGCCGAUGGAUCAACAACCCGAAAGUUUGGUGGAACUGGCCUUGGAUUAUCUAUUUCGAAGCGAUUAGUAAAUCUGAUGGGAGGAGAUGUUUGGGUAACAUCAGAGUUCGGUCACGGCAGCACGUUCCAUUUUACUUGCAAAGUGAACUUAGCUGAUCAGUCUCUUGACGUGAUUUUACCACAGCUUUUGCCGUAUCAGAACCACCAUGUGCUUUUCAUCGAUAAAGGCGAAACAGGCGACGAUGCUCUGAGCAUCACGCGUAUGCUUCGACAACUAGGAUUGGAGCCACUUGUGGUUCGCAGCGAGACUAACGUUCCUCCCCCAGAAAUCCAAGAUUCAUCAGGAAAGGAAUCUGGUCAUGCAUACGAUGUCAUCAUUGUUGAUUCCGUCGAGACGGCACGGACACUCCGAACAUUUGGCGAAUUCAAAUACAUUCCGAUUGUCCUCUUAUGCCCUGUUGUGUCGGUUAGUUUGAAGUCGGCUCUGGACCUGGGUAUCACGUCAUAUAUGACUACUCCGUGCCGGCCUAUUGAUCUGGGUAAUGGCAUGCUUCCAGCACUUGAAGGACGCUCCACUCCUCUCACAACGGAUAAUACCCGAUCCUUUGACAUCUUACUGGCCGAAGAUAACGACGUCAACCAAAAGGUUGCAGUUAAAAUACUCGAAAAAUGCAAUCACGGCGUGACUGUCGUGAGUAACGGUCUAGCUGCCGUUGAGGCUGUCAAGCAACAUCGUUAUGAUGUUAUUUUGAUGGACGUUCAAAUGCCUAUCAUGGGAGGUUUUGAGGCUACAGGCAAGAUCCGUGAGUGGGAGAAAGAAAACGGCCUACAGCGCACGCCGAUUAUUGCUUUAACUGCUCACGCCAUGUUGGGAGACCGAGAGAAAUGUCUACAGGCUCAAAUGGACGAGUAUCUGGCCAAACCGCUGAAACAAAACCAGAUGAUGCAGACCAUUCUCAAGUGCGCGACACUUGGUAGCCCCUUGUUCGAAAAAGGCAAGGAUUCAAGAUUUGGAGGCCACCAUUCAUCAAGUACUCUUGCCGGGGCGUCAUCGCCAGAGGCUAAACAUCAACGUCCAUCGCUCGAGUCUCGUGCGCUUACCGCCACCAAUCGAACCAGCGUUCCUGAGCCGAUUUUGCGAUCAAAUAGCAGUUAAAUGCUACCCCUAAUUCACGCUUAUGUUUUCUGAUUUGAAUGCUGCUAUAAACCUAAUUUACUCUUACGAUGACAUCUUUUUUGUUUCCUGCUGCGAUGGAAAAGGAUUGGUUUCUGCAGAUAUAUUUUACGAGCUUUUUAAUUUCUUGAUCACUGGUUUUUUAUGCCCAAUUCUCCUUUCAAUUAUUUCUUGUGUUCCUUUCUUUUUUCUUUUCUUUUUUAACCUUUCUUUCCUAACUGAGCCGGUUGGGUUAUUCGAAUCAUGAAAUGGGCUAUCUGUUUCAUGACAGUCUACGCUCCUAUUUUUAGUCCGUUGGACGGCGUUUGGGCGAAAUAUGGAUUGCAGUGUAUGUAUG